UUGCAUUUUGGGUGUUUGGUGUAUGGUUAUUUUGUGUAUAUCUGUUGGAAUAGUUCUUUCUGUUGUUUUUGGUUCUGUUCCAAAUUCACAAAAAUCAAAUGGGACAUCAAUUAUUCCAAUUCAACCAGUCAUUCAACGAAGCGGAGGAUUUAUGGAAGAUGCAAUAGAAAUGGAACAACAACAAGCUGUGGAAAUUAGAAAUUCGGAUACUGGACAAUUAAUUCCACAAUUUGUUGGAUCACACAGAGCACAACCGCCUGGAGUGCCUCGAGGGAUUAUUAACAUUAAUGGAAAAAAUGUAGAUAGGGAAUUUCAAUGGUUAGAUGAUAGAAAGAAAAGAAGGAGAAAAUAA